AUGGAGGUGGGGCUCGAUGUCUAUCGUGCUCGUUUUGCUGGUGUUGAAACGGACCUUGGUAAACAGGUCACUCAAGGCUUGGAGCUGAUCAAGGAGCUUCUGGAGAAGUUAGAUCGUACUGAAACCCAAUUGACAAAGACGCAGCUUGACCUGGAGAGCGAGACCGAGACGAGAAGACGUUUACAGAAGGAGGCUCAAGAAAACAAGCAAUGGAAAGAACGCCAGGAAAGACGACCGUUUAUGGUCGCGUUGAUCGAUGCGGACGCGGAUGGCUAUGUGUUCCGUGAUAGUUUUCUUACAGGGGGGGAAAAGGGUGGCGAAGAUGCUGCGGAUGCGCUCCUCGCUGCGUUGCAGCAUUAUAUGCUUGUGACUGGACUUCCUAAUAACAUGGAUAUUCUCGUUAGAGCAUUUGCAAAUGUUAGUGGGCUGGGUCAAGCCCUUGUGCGCGACAGGCGAUUGCAGGGCAUCGAUCAGCUAAGGGCGUUUGCAACGGGUUUCAGCAAUCGUCGGGGUUUGUUUGACUUUGUGGAUGUCGGGACUGGGAAAGAACGGGCAGAUUACAAGAUACGGGAGAGUGUCAAAUUUUUCGUCGAAAGUCCUCAGUGCAAGCACCUCGUAGUGGCUUGCGGGCACGACACCGGGUAUGCCCCGUUCCUGGGGCAGUUUAUUGGAGACAGGGAGGUUGCGGAGCGUAUAACGUUGUUGGAGGGAAGCCCAUUCCCAGCAGUGAUUAAGAACCUGGAUCUGAAGAAAACACGGUUUACUUCAAUUUUCAACGAAGUAGUGCAGCCAGCGGUGCCGUCUGGACCAGCAGGAUCGGCAUGGUCGAACGUGGCGACGGCCAACCGGCCUACAAAUUCUGAACCUGGACCGUCGUCAGUGCCUGUGACGCCGUUUCGCGGAUAUCAUAACCCAAAGGCGCAAUCAGACAGACUUGGGCCGGUCCUGAAGGACAAUAAGGGGCGCCGAGUUGACCGCAAGCUGCGGGUGAAUGACGCGAUUGUGGAGAGGCUCAAGAAAGGAUCUCUGUGCUUUUACCUCUUUCUUCGUGGGGAAUGUUUAUUGUCGUCGUGCCGGUCCAACCACGUGCACCGGGAACUCUCGAAUGAGGAGUUUGAUGCCCUGUGGUGGUUAGCUCGACAGCACGGGUGUUUUAAGAAUGCCAAGGCGGAUCGGACGGGCAGUGAUUGUUUGGAUGCGAGGUGUAUUUAUGGGCACAAGAGUUGA